AAAUGGAGAAAGUUGAUCAUGGUGAUCAAAAAAUAACUUUUGGCACUUUGAAACUUAAAGUUAGAAAACUGUGAUGUUAUUAUUAAGUGAACGGUGAACAGGAUUAUGUGUGUAGGGCUUGUAGAAGAAGUUUGAGUUGCUGCCAAGUGUUGAAGAAUGAUUGUGGCCCAGCUGAUGGUUUUGGCCCUCUUCUCAUCAGACUGUUUUGCUCAAACACAGCAGAUUAUUUUUACUCACAGAAGAAGUUGUCGGAGACCCCACUAUUACCACGCCGAGAGUCACUACUUGAUCCGGGCCAAGGGCCAUCUACCGGGCAGGCACUGUAACAUGACCUUCAUCGAGUCGGACUCUGGGUGGACGUCACCUGAUCAUCAGUGCUUCUCACUCUGUGUCAGAAUUGUCAAUGCCUCCAUGAGAAAUUGUGAUUUCAGAAUCACGUAUUAUGAUGGAAUUGAUGACCGUAAUCCUAGGAGUUUUACUUGUAAGAGUUCUCCCCCUUCUCUGUGGUGCUCGAGCUACACUGAGAUGACAGUAGAAUUCCAGGAGAUGGAGUCAUAUGACAGACGUAGUGGGGACGGGUAUGAUCUCACUCUAGAGAUCAAACCUUACUGUCAGCAGCCAGCCAGCACAGUGCCAGGUGAUGCCUAUCUAGAUCACUAUCUACGUAAGGAGAAGCGAGACAGAGACACGAUAAUUAUUGCGGGGUCCCUGGUUAGCACAAUCUGCUUCCUGUUCGUGAUUUUCUGGCUUGUUUAUUGCUGCUGGAAGAGAGAAGCUCCACAGGAGAGCCAUCAAAGGCCCGCAACUCCAGUCUCCCAUAGCAACAGCUUCAAGUCUUCUGGGUCAGGAAGAAAAGGCCCAGGAACAUCCCAAUCUUCAAACAGUGACAGGGCAGAUGGCAAAAAUUGGUUUCCAAUGGCAACCAGAUCUCCCCCUAAAUACCAGCCCCCAGUAUACAGACCUCAGGGGUGGGAUGCACAAACCAAUGCCAGAUAUACAGAGCUUCCUGGGACUUCCUAUUCUCCUCAAAGGGGAAUAACUCCAGGCUUCCACUUAAGACAGUUUUCACAAGGAGAACCCUACAACCCACUGGCUCCAAUCAGGGAACAGCCUCCCACCUACAGACUGACCUUUGAAGUCAGCGAGAGACCACAUGACCUGGGAAUGCCAUUCCGAGGACCACCCCCUCUCCCUCCCCGUCCAAAUAUAGAACACCCUUCCCGUCCAAAUAUAGAUCACCCGCCAUCAAAGCAGUAUUACAUUUAAUGAUAUGUGUAUGUUAAGAACAACACCCAUUUUAAGCAAUGACUUUAUGACAUGUUACAUUUAUCACCUAUACAAAGAUCUACAGAAUAACAAUCUACAUGUAAUGUCAAAUAUUCAACAAUCUCCAUAAAUAAACAUUUAUUCAUUGUUUUUGUCCAAAUUUAGAACAUCUCUCAUCAGAACAGUAUUAUUUAUUUAUU